GAUACCGUUUAUUUCCGAGGGAGCAGUCUUUCGAAAAGUAUCUCACACCUACCUGAGUGAGAAACUCAACAACCAAUAUCGAUUACACUGAUUCAAACAUUAAUUAUUUUCCGGAACAGAAUUUGUUAAAACGAGAAAUACACAAACACACAGCGCUCUCGGUUUGAAUAUUUGUAACUUUUAUAUUCCAUUUUCCUGGGACUGGCAACUAGAUUGUACAUCCAACGGUCACAAUCGAUUUUUGAAAUGAGUAUCGUGGCUCAAGACCAUGUAUUUUUGUCCGCUUUGCAGCCCAAAACCUCCGUCAGCACUUACGCGGUCCCGUCCGAGAUCCAGCUCGGGGGGAAUGGGGCCACCCUGUCGGAUGAGAUGACCCGGGGAAAACGGGUCCAGCAGCAGGUUGCUAUGCGGCUCGCCGAGAAAUCUUCCACUCUUCCGAGACAGAACGGCUCAGCCUCACACUAUACCUCCUCAGAACACGGCGGAUCUUCAACAAUGAAGUACCAGACCUUCAACCCAGGGUUCAGCUCCAAGUCCUACGUCUACACAGGCUCCAGACCUGUCAUGGCUCCCAAUAUGUCUCACUACUCAGGCGGUUUCUCCUCCCACUCGGCGGUGGACCUGGGAGGUGGUCAGAGGGUCACCAUGGGAGGUGGAGGAAGAGGUGGAGGUGGAAGAGGAGGAGGUGGAGGAGGAGGUGGAGGGUACAAGUACCUUGAUGACAUGCGCACAGGAGGGGGUUCUCCAGGAGGAGGGGGCUACCAGGGAGGAGUGGUCUACCGGGGAGGAGGAGGGGGCAACAUGAGGGGCCAACAGAUGUCCACUGUGAUCCGGACGAUGAGCCGUGGCCCUGGGCCAGACCCAGAGGCCUCUCUGCGCUCCAUGAGGCUCCAGCACCUGCCUGCACAGCCGUCUCCGGUGGCAGCCUGGGUGGCUGAGGACGUCAGCGAUGGCUGCAGCCUGGUCUCAGACCGCGAUGCCACAUUCAGCCGCCAGCAGUCUGUCUACAGCACUGUUAGCGGAGGAGCCUACAGCUCAGGGACACAAAUGAGACAGGCAGGAGGAGGAGGAAUAGGAGGACAGGGGUCCAUGGUACCCAUGAGGCGCUCACUCAGCGGGACACUAGCCCAGAGCGGAGGGGAGAUGAUGGGGGGAGAGGAGAUGAUGUCAGUCCAGCAGCAGCAUUCCUUUAAAGGACCAGCAUUUCGCACCAUCAACAGGAUCAACAACAGGAACAACAGGAUGUCCAUGGGAUCCACGUCUGGGGCGUCUACCUUCCCCCCCGGGGGGAACAGCAGCGUCGGUGGGGGGGAUGGAGGAGGUGGGUUCGUGAUGGGCCAGAUGUUGUCGGGGUCUCAGGGGAAUCUGAUGACGAUGCAGCAGCAGAGGCAGGCCUCUCUUCCCAGGACCAUGUCUGUCAAGAGCAUUCACAGUGUCGGGAAGGGCAUGGAUAUCUACGACGGACAGAUGGACAUGACUGGCAGCAUGGGAAACCUCAGUGGGAUUAAUAACUUGGACAUGGGCACGGCGGUGAGGUACCUGAAAGAGGACAAUGCUGACAUGCAGGUUCUGGGAGCAGCUUAUAUUCAACACGAAUGCUACAACAACAGCGAUUCCAAGAACCAGGUGCGGCAAUAUAAGGCCAUCCCGGAGCUGGUGAGGCUGUUCAACAGUGAGAACCAGGUGGUGGCUCGCUACGCCACAGGGUCUAUGAGGAACGUCAUCUAUGAGAACAUGGACAACAAGAUGUCUCUCAUCGAGGAGGGAGGAAUUCCACAGCUCAUAAAUGCUCUGAAGGAGAAUGAUGACGAGCUACGCAAGAACAUCACAGGUAUUCUGUGGAACUUGUCAUCCAAAGACAACCUGAAGGAGAAACUAGCCAAGGAGACGCUAGCUGAGCUCACAGAGAUGAUUCUGAUCCCGCUCUCAGGAAGUGGAGACUCUGAGGUCAUCCAGCAGAGCCCCUCUGAGGUUGACAUCUUCUACAACGCCACCGGAUGUCUCAGGAACCUGAGCUCAGUGAAUGAGAAGACCAGACGUCAGAUGCGCGAGACCAACGGUCUGGUGGAUGCCCUGGUAGGAUACAUCCAGGCCUCGGUACAGGAUGGCAAGGUGGAGGAAAAGGGUGUGGAGAACUCUUUAUGUGUCCUGAGGAACCUCUCCUACCAACUGUACAGUGAGAUCCCGCCCUCAGCCCAGCUACGUCUGGAAGGACCAACCAGAGGCCAGGAAACAAGCAGGAGUGAAGCCAUUGGUUGCUUUACCCCUCAGAGCAAGAAAGUCAAAGAUAGGAAGAACCAGGACAUGGCUACGUUCACGGAGGUGGCCCGCGUACCCAAGGGUCUGGAGUGGCUGUGGCACCCCCAGGUGGUGGGGCUGUAUAACAGCGUGCUGCAGGGCUGUGAGAAUAACUCCACUACCCGCGAGGCUGCAGCCGGGGCUCUGCAGAACAUCACCGCAGGAGACAAGAGGUGGGCGGAGGUGCUGAGUCAUGUGGCUCUGGAGCAGGAGAGGAUGCUUCCUGUGAUGUUGGACAAACUGAGGACCAAUAAUGACCUGGAGCUGAGAUCCCUCACCGGCUUCCUCAGAAACCUGUCACGCCAUGCCAAGGACAAGAACGCCAUGGCCACAAAGGUAGUGAACAACCUGGUGACCGAACUGCCUGCUGACGGUCAGCAGAAGGAGCCGUCGAGCGAUGUGGUGGUCAACAUCUGUGGAACGUUGAACAACCUGGUGACCUCCAGCUCCAUCGCAGCCCGGGACAUCGCCUUCUUCGACGGGCUGCAGAAACUAGUGGCCAUUAAGAACUCCCACGACAGCAGCCCUGGGAAGCUGAAAGCAUCCAAAGCAGCGGCCACAGUCCUCUGCAACAUGUUCCAAUACAAGAAGCUGCACAAGGACUACAAACAGAAAGGAUUCACACGACCUGACUUUGCAGACGUGACCAUCUAAAAAGGAACUCUCUUUCUGUCAAGUGGCUGGAAACACGUGAACACUUCAGUGAUCAAGGACCGUCUGUCAAACUGAGAACAUGGAGUUAGAUGGACUACACUAUAGAGUUAUAGAUGGACUACACUACAGAGUAAGAUGGACUACACUAUAGAGUUAUAGAUGGACUACACUACAGAGUUAGAUGGACUACACUACAGAGUUAGAUGGACUACACUAUAGAGUUAUAGAUGGACUACACUACAGAGUAAGAUGGACUACACUAUAGAGUUAUAGAUGGACUACACUACAGAGUAAGAUGGACUACACUAUAGAGUUAUAGAUGGACUACACUACAGAGUUAGAUGGACUACACUACAGAGUUAGAUGGACUACACUAUAGAGUUAUAGAUGGACUACACUACAGAGUUAGAUGGACUACACUAUAGAGUUAGAUGGACUACACUACAGAGUUAGAUGGACUACACUAUAGAGUUAGAAGGACUACACUAUAGAGUUAGAAGGACUACACUAUAGAGUUAGAUGGACUACACUAUAGAGUUAGAUGGACUACACUAUAGAGUUAGAAGGACUACACUAUAGAGUUAGAAGGACUACACUAUAGAGUUAGAUGGACUACACUAUAGAGUUAGAAGGACUACACUAUAGAGUUAUAGAUGGACUACACUAUAGAGUUAUAGAUGGACUACACUACAGAGGUAGAUGGACUACACUACAGAGUUAUAGAUGGACUACACUACAGAUUUAGAUGGACUACACUAUAGAGUUAUAGAUGGACUACACUAUAGAGUUAGAAGGACUACACUAUAGAGUUAGAUGGACUCUAAAGAAAGUGACAAUAAAGAUGGAACCUGUAUAGGGACGACCUUGAUGUUGUUCUAUGAUGCCAACGGAUCCUCACCUUCCCUUGUUUUAAUGCCGUAUGUAUUCAAUGCUGUAUGUUUGAAUGUUUUAUGUUGAACGCUGUAUGGAGUUUAUGGUGGAUUCAGGGACGUUUUUUUCUCUUCAUGCAACAAAUCAUACUGCUGUAACUAAUCAUGACUUACAGUUUCUCCUGCCCCACCCAUAGAUGGUUUGGCAUCAAUCCCAAAGACCUCUGUGCUCCGUUAUGUUAACCUUAGUCCCAGAUCUGUUUGUGCUGUACAGACAACUCCUAUGGCCAUUGUCACAAGACGGCACAACUGAUCUGGGACCAGGCUACUAUUUUGUAGCUUAACACUGACCUGGUACCAAAGCAGCUGUUACAGCCCCCACCCAUGGCUGACUACAGAUAGCAGCUACUGUAAGGGACGGCUUGCUCUGUGGAAUGUUCUCUUUUAUAUCAUCAAUGGUGCUUGUACUAAGUGGUUGAAUUAUUGAUGUUGUUCAUUGUGUUUUUGUAUUCGUUUUUUUGUGUUGUCUAGGGGGUUUAUUUCUCAGACAAAACCAGAGUUCAUCACUGAUAAUUAUAAUGAGUUAUAAACCAGAAUAUCACAGCGUUAUAAUGAGUUAUAAACCAGAAUAUCACAGCGUUAUAAUGAGUUAUAAACCAGAAUAUCACAGCGUUAUAAUGAGUUAUAAACCAGAGUAAUCACUGAGAGUUACAAUGAGACAUAAAUUAGGACUUGAAUGAAUGUUUUUAUGAAUGUGUGGGGGAAAAAAAGGAACUACUGACACCUGCGUGAAUGUCCUGGAAUUAUGAUUCAGCUUUACAGGAACAUUAUGAAGUAGCCUACAUGUUGAAUAUAGAUUUAUAAAUGGAUCCUUUCUUGUUUUCAACAACGUUCGUUUUACAAGUUAAAACGUUAGUUUUACAAGUUAAGCGGAUUUGUCAUAUCAAACUCAUGUCAAUGCAAUGUUUUAAGUUGAUAACUUGUCAUGACAUACUGUUUGUUUUAAUGUCUGGGGUGUUGUCAUGUAUUUGUAUUUCUGGAUUAAGUCAACAAACAUAGUCCAAUAUUUAUGUUUUUAAGACUUUGAGGGGGGAAGCAUGCGUUCGUUGUUAUUCUCUUUAAGAGAAUGCUGCAAUAUCGGAUUUGAGGGGGGAGCAUGCGUUCGUUGUUAUUCUCUUUAAGAGAAUGCUGCAAUAUCUGAUUUGUAUUUUAAGCAUAAUGUAAAUAUAACACGGUUUGUAAACAGAGCAUACAAGUGCAAUGGGGUCCCAAAUGAUUGACAUCCUUGAUAAAGAUGAGUAAAACUAACUGUAUAAAAGA